AGCAGUCGAGGUGACAGCUGAGAAGAGAUGGCCUCAGUGGGUCCUCCUCCAACCUCCACACAGCCUGACUUACCCUCUGGAAUCGCCGUCUUCUUAAAGAUCCCUUACGCCUUCAUCCUACCAGAGAUAGUCUUCGGGAUCUGGGUGUGGAUCCUCGUCGCUGCUACUUCUGUCUCAUUCCCGCUGCUGCAGGGAUGGGUGAUGUAUGUGUCCCUCACCUCUUCCAUCAUCUCCGUGCUGCUCCUCUUAGGCUACCUCCUAGGCUUCCACAAAAACAGCGAGAACUGGAAAGUGCUGGACAGUUUGUACCACGGUGCCACAGCCAUUCUGUACAUGAGUGCUGCUGUCUUGCAAGCCAAUGCGACCAUCCGCUCUGAGUCCAGCCCCAACUCACCACUCUACUACCAGCUGAACUGUGCUGCAACGUUCUUCGCCUUCAUCACAACCCUGCUGUACAUCCUCCAUGCCUUCAGCAUCUACUACCAAUGAGCUCAGCAGCGCUGGCUUUGCCUCUACAGCAUGAGGGCUUUCCCAGUGCAAGGGAUGCAGCUGUUUUCCAUCAAGGCAUCCCUGCCCCAGCCCUGUCACCCACCCUAUGGUGACAGCAGUUGCUUUUCCACAUCACUGAAGGAGGGAUUUUGGCACAGCAGUGUUGUGUCUGUGCUUGCAGGGAUAUUUUGUGCCUUGCCCAACAGCUACACAAGGGGAGGGACUGGAUGCAGGCUUCAAGUUGCCUCCUACUCUGACGUUCCACCAAAUAUAGAUGAUGAAGGAAAGGAAAAUAAAAUCACUGUUCCUUCAGCAAA